AUGAUUGCGGCCACCGGAUUGGAUCCAUUGAUCAGGUGUUCUGUGAUCACCUCUGAUCCUGGACUCAUAUCCGCCUUUGUUGAGAGGUGGCAUAGGGAGACGAGCAGCUUGCACCUCCCAGUAGGGGAGGUGACGAUCACUCUAGACGACGUUUCGUCACUGCUGCACAUUUCGACUACUGGCGUGCUGCAUUCAUUCGAGUUGCUGGUUACAUCAGACGCAGUCGCCCUGUUGACGGAGCUACUUGAGGUCACCGCAGACAAGGCUACAGCUAAGACAUGUCAGGCAGGUGGGCCUCAUGUUCGGUUGUCCUGUCUUCAGGACAUGUACCAGAGUAGGUGUCGGGCCAGGCAGUGGGUUGCUGCAGCUCGGACAUACCUACUUCAUUUGGUUGGUUGCACUCUUUUCGCUAACAAGAGUGCAACCCAUGUCCAUGUUGUGCACCUGCAGGCAUUCAGAGACUUAGGUCAGGCAGGGGCAUUCUCUUGGGGAGCGGCCGCUUUGGUCCACUUGUACGAUCAGCUUAACGAGGCGUCCCAGGCCCCUACAUGGCAGAUGGUUGGUUACAUUUCACUACUUCAGUGCUGGAUUUACGAGCACUUUCCAUCAGUCCACAGGUCUGUUGUUGACGAUGGUUAUGUUGAGGCUAGCCCACAUGCCUGUAGGUGGCUUACGGGUAAGGCCCAGAUGACCGGGAUUAAGGGAGCCCCUUACAGAGCACGUAUUGAUGCCCUGACAGUGACCGACCUCUGUUGGAUGUCGUAUGCUGAGCAUCGGGGAGUUCGAGGCUAUGACUUGAUCUCCUCCUACACGGGGCAAGUCAGAUGGGGUCCGAUCAUCGUCUACCUUUGA